CUGUACUCCACGUUUCCCAGGGUUACCAUCAACAAGUCAGUUAGCCUACUGUAGCUAGCUAGCAUUAUGUCAUUGUGCCUUAAGGUUGUACCAUUUAUAACUAGCUAGCUGUAUGGUAUGUACGUAGUAAAUGGUAAUUUAGCUGUAAUAGAAUCUAUAUAUAAUAACAAUUAGCACAGGAGGCUUAGUAGCUAGCUACUUAUUAGUGUUACAGUGAACUUGGCGAACACUACCUAGUUAGCAUGCUAAUGUCAAUGAAGGCGAUUAGCUAGAAGAAACUUUAUAAUUUUCAGAAUGACAAAUCAGCAGUUCAGUACGCUGGCUUACACGAAAAGCCCGAAAACAUCGAGAAGAACAAAAUUUCAGGAUGAACUUCAGGCUGCUGUCUCCGCCAGGGCAAGCAAAACAAAAACAGAUCGAUACUCGUACUCUGAUGACUUCAAUGACGAUGAAGAUGAUUUUUUAAAUGAACUCCUCAAAAAAAAAAAGAGGGCUGGUGCAUUUAAGGCUGGGAAGAGCAAAUCCAAAAUCAACGACUUUGAGAUUUCAGACGAUGAAGACAAAAACGGUAUGGCGAAGAGAGUUUCAUUUCUGAAAACCCAAAGAAUCGUCUCUCCAUCGGGAGACACAACAGCAUCAGAGUCUCGUGAAACCGAGCCACCCGACUCUUCCACCGGUCGACACAACAAUUAUAAUGACUCAUUUUCCUCACAACACUCCACAAAUGUCAGUGAAGAUAACUUACGAUUUAAAAGCAGUGAUGUGGAGUCUACCGAUCCUCAAAUCACAAGAGAGAGCUCAAGUAAGUCUCUGUCAUACCAAACAUCAGAUGACACUCUACUGGACAUACCAUUGCCCUUAUCGUCUGACAACAGUGUGAUGGAAACUCCAGGUCCCGAAGAGAAGAGCAACUCUGUUCUGGAAGAAAGCUCCCAGACUCCCCAGUUAUCAGCAACUGACCUCAAACACGUGUCCUCAGCAGAUACAGAGAGGGAGCCACCCAGGCCUAAACCGAGGCAAAGGACUCUUGGAUUGAGCCUUCAAGCUGCAGAGAAGAUAGCUGAAGAUACUGAAUCUCAGGAUCUCAGCAGGCCCCAGACUUCCUCGGCAUCCAUUCCCCUCUCCACUGACAUGUCCAGCAACAUUGCUUGGACAGAAGGAGAUCACGCAGUUUCAUGCAGCCUCAGCAAAUCCUCUUCAAGUAAGAGUGAGCAGUCACAGCUCUUCACCAAUUCCACAGUUAAUUCUGGAUCCAGAGAUGGCUUUAUUUCCGAUGACAGCAAAGAACAGGAGAGAAAGUACUCCACAUCAUUUGAAGAGUUUAAUGCAGACUCAGUAGAUCACUCACAUCAACUCUCUCAUGUCCAUGAAAAAUCCUUUGAUACUAGGACAUCAAGUUCUCACUCUAAGACCACUCAGAGAUCUCAGAGUGUGUGCUCCGGAAAAGUGGAAUCAAAGUAUUUGGGAUCUCUCAAACUUCUGGAUCGUAAAGUCUCACUACAGGAGUCUCAGCCUCAAGCAGCAGAUACACUCAGAGCUGCCAUUUACCAGGAAUGGCUUCAAAAGAAAAAGGAAAAGUUAAAAGAGAACAUGCAACGAAAGAAGAAAGAGGAAAUCCUGAAAGAAAAAAAGAAAAGGGAUGAAAUGGCUAAAAAGGAAGAUGCUGUUGCAUCAUACCAGGCUUGGAAAGAAAAGAAAGCAGAGAGUCUCAGAGCAAAAGCCAAAGAAAAGCAAGAUAUGAUCACAAAAGAGCAAAGAGCGAUCGAAGAGAAAGAAGAAAAAAAGCAAUCUGCUAAACAGGUGUUUGAAAAAUGGAAACUCGAGCAUGAUCAGCUACUCAAAGAAAAGUUCAGAAAACAAAGAGAAGCUGAAAUUAAGCUUCAGUUUAGAAAACAAAAACAGGAGGAAGAAAAAAAGAGAGACCGCAAAUCUGCUUUUUCUGAGUGGCGUGAAAAGAAGAAAGAUGUCCUCCAUGAAAAAUUCACAAAGGAGCAAGAAAAAAUACAAAAUAAAGCAGAGGAGGAACGCUAUAUGAAAGAAGAGAGAGAUAAAAUGGCUCUAGAGAUGUAUGAAAACUGGUUGGUACGGAAAGAUUUGGAACAGAAGAGACAAAGAGAAGAAAGACGAAUACAAGCAAUACUCCACGACAGUCCACCUCCUCCGUGGAGCCCUCCGAAUAAAACUAUACCAUUUCGAAAAUGACACUUGAAAUGUAACAUACCACCCUUAAAAUAUCUGUGGGUUCUAUGUUACAUCUUAACUUGUAAGUUUUGUACUGUAUGUUGUGUUUUAAACAUAGUUAGAUGGCAGCUGUUAAAUUAUAUCUUUUUUAUCAGGUUUUGUAGUAGCCAGCAGCUCUAGUGCAAGUUUAUAUUUUUAUAUGUUUUUUAUGAAAUGUUGCAGUAUGAUUAGAAAGUUAGAAAACAUUUGUGUUCCUGUGACAUGGUAACAUCAAUAUCAGAGGAAACUUGCAAUAACAAACCCUUUUUAUGAAUGUGGUGGUCUGAUAUUACCACAUCUGAAUGUAAAGCAGCAAUAAGAAAGCAUAUUAAUGUAAAGGGCUAUUAUAAUUGGUCUGCUGAUUCCUGUACUGUUUAUUGUUGAACUGCUGUUGAAUUCCACGUAGUUAAUUUAUGUCUUUAGAUUUACAAGAUGCUCCAAAUCAUCACACAGUCUUAGAAACUGAUCUGUUUAACACAAUAAACUAAUGAGAGCAACACUUUGA